UGACCUUUACACCUGACCUACAAAACUAGCCAAGAUGGCGGCGGCGUUCGGGCGGUACCAUACGGCAGUGGUGCGGGGCAUUCCGGACUCGGUACGGUACGACGCACUGAUCCAGGCCGAGCAGAGGGACUAUGUGGACGUGGAGAAGGCUCGCCAGGAACACGCAGCGUACGUGCAGGCCCUGCGAGACUUGGGGCUGAAGAUAGUCGAGCUCCCAGGCGCCGAGGACCUGCCCGACUGCCCGUUCGUGGAAGACUGCGCCGUGGUGUGUAAUGGUACCGCACUGGUGACCCGGCCUGGACACUCCAGUAGGCGGGGAGAGGUACAUGCCGUGAAGAAGGUUCUAGAAGAAGACCUCGGGCUGGAGGUGGUGCAUAUGGUGGAGGACGAGGCCACUAUGGAUGGAGGGGACGUCCUUUUCACGGGAAAGGAAUUCUUCGUCGGCCUGAGCAACCGGACCAACGAGGCGGGCGCGCGCAUCCUGGCGGAGACCUUCCCCGACUACAGUGUCACUACCGUGCCGAUCGCUAGGGGGCUCCACCUGAAGUGCUUCUGCACCAUGGCUGCGCCUGACGUCAUGGCGGUGGGGGAGGGGCCCGAGGCGCAGAGGGCGUGGCAGGAGAUCCGGGCACGUGGCGACCACAAGUACGCCGUCCUAAAUAUCCCGGAUGACGGGGCAGCCAACUGUAUGUUCGUGAACGGGACCAUCAUGCACUGCGCGGCGGACGAGUUUCCCAAGAGCGCGAAGACCUUCACGUCGGCUCGGCUGGAGUACCCCCGUGUGCAGGUGCCCAACAAGGAGCUGGCCAAAGUGGACGGAUCUCUAACCUGCCUCUCACUGCUCAUCUAGAGACGGGCGCUACUCUAGGAGCGAAAAAAAAUAAACAAAAAAACAAACAAACAAACAAACAAACACUGAGGCCGCGCGCGUAUCACUAGCUCUCUUAUGCUGAGGUCACAUUUGCAAACCGGGGCCCGGCCGGGCUGUAUCGAUUAACGAAAAAUCAACAGUUUUCAUCAAGAAUAUACGAAAAUAGUUCC